GCCCGCGGGGAGGGGCGAAGGGAUCCAGCCAGCCGCGGGCUGUUGCAUCAGCGGGGGGAGCGGCCGCCCCGUCUCCCCCGGCCCCGCAGCCCGCCUGGCGGGGGCGCCUAUAAGAGGCGGGGAGCGGUGGCGGUAGCAGCAGUAUCGCGGCGCCGGUCUCCUGCGCGGCCGGGCUCGAUCCGUCACCAUGUCUGUGUCACACAGUUCCAAGCUGAACAAGAUGGUCAGGGACCAAUACAUGAGGCUGCCCCAAGGGGGCAUGGUCCUGGUGACUUACAUAUGGAUUGACGGUAGCGGAGAAGGAGUGCGCUGUAAAACUCGAACCAUGGACCAGGAACCCAAGUGUAUAGAAGACGUCCCAGAAUGGAAUUUCGAUGGUUCCAGCACAGAUCAAGCCGAAGGCUCCAACAGCGAUAUGUUCUUGGUACCGGUCAGCAUGUUCCGAGACCCCUUCUGCCUGGACCCUAACAAGCUGGUCCUGUGUGAGGUCCUGAAAUACAACCGCAAACCUGCAGAAACCAACUUGCGGCGCACGUGUAAAAAAGUCAUGGACUUGGUGACGGAGAGCCACCCUUGGUUUGGGAUGGAGCAGGAGUACACGCUGCUGGGCGUCAACGGGCACCCCUAUGGCUGGCCUGAUAACGGGUUCCCAGGUCCCCAAGGGCCCUAUUACUGCGGGGUUGGCGCAGACAAGGUGUACGGGCGCGACAUUGUGGAGUCUCACUACAAGGCCUGCAUCUACGCGGGGGUGAAGAUCUGCGGCACCAACGCCGAGGUCAUGCCCUCCCAGGUAUGUGUGGAGGGAGCGUUUUUCAUGGGCCCUGUCACGGGAGCCCUCGUUGGGGGGGCUGGGCUUACCGUGUGCUGCCUGCGGUGCCCCCGGCCUUGGCUCUGCUGAGCCCUCCUUGAGGAU